GCUGGGAAGAAAUGAUAUGGAGGCCGACUCAAAGAUGAAGAGGGCCGGUCACCUCUCUCAUACGCAGCCGAAAAAGGAAACAAGGACAUUGUCAAGCUGUUGCUGGCAAAAGAUGACCUAGAUAUCUAUUGGAGACAUAAACACGAUCGGUUCAAAGCGGCGGAAAAUGGGUGUGAACCUCUUUUCAUUAGAGAAGAGGUUGACGUGAAUCUGCAAGGCGAGAAUGGAGACUCGCCACUGCAUUAUGCAGUGCGUCCUGGACAUGACAAUGUAGCCUCCUUGCUUCUCUCGCAUUGCAAUAUCAAACCGAAUUUGAAGAAUGUGAAGGGACAAACGCCGCUGCACUCCGCAAUCUUGGGUAUCGAUGGAAAAGAUCAUUUCUUCUACUCCUGCACUUCGAGAAGGCGGGAGGCGAUUGUGGGCCUUCUUCUUGCGCACAAUGAUAUUCGUAUGGAUUUGGCAGACGACAACGGGUUGACACCGCUGGUGCUUGCUCGCUCUCUCGAGGCUGUGGCGAUGGUGAAACUGCUUGAAGAGUAUACAGCAGGCUCCAAGUUUAAUUCUAUAGAUAAAAGAGAGAACCGCACUACGCGGAUGCACAGAACCUGGACCAGAGCAUUAGCGACAACAGGCAUGACGGUCGUUGGUCAUCAGACAAUACAUAGGAUAGAUAUUGCGCGACCUUUAUUAUGUUCCAUACCACUUGUUUACAGUCAAGACGAUUCUCACUACCAAUUAGAAUCCCAUCCCCCCAGUAUCCCCCAAGAAAGCAUACCUUCACCAGACUAGUUUGGUCGUUUCGCGACAUUCAAUUUUACUGUGUCAGUUUAUAAGUACGGAUCCUACUAUAGCGCUCCAAGUAGACUCUUCAUCAGGAAAUUUACAUGCAUCUUAGGUGUC